AGAGCUAUCAUUUCUAUUAAUAGAUCUGAGGAAGUUCGGGCGUCGCGAGCAGCUGCUCUUCAGAAGAAAUACGAUCUGUCCAAGUGGAAGUACGCAGAGCUCAGAGACGCCAUCAACACAUCGUGUGACAUUGAGUUGUUAGAUGCCUGCAGGGAAGAGUUCCACAGGCGACUGAAAGUGUACCACUCCUGGAAACAAAAGAACAAGAAGAAAACGGGGGCUAAAGAGGAUGAAAGGGCCCCAGAAAGUGUUCUCUCCAAUGCUGAUGAGCCACAGGUGGCACCACAACAAACCAAACCAGCUGUGGAGAACCAGCAGAGAUUUUUCCGUAUUCCAUUUGCGCGCCCAGCCGAUGAAUUCCGUGACGACCCCACCCACAAGAAACAUGGUCAGUGGUACGCCCACUUUGAUGGUCAGUACAUUGCUCGCCAGAUGGAGCUUUACCCAGACAAACAGCCACUCCUGUUGGUCGCUGGAGUUCAUGACCUACAGAUGUGUGAGUUGAGUUUAGAGGAGACCGGACUUACUCGUAAAAAAGGAGCAGAAAUCCUCGGCAAGGACUUUGAAACCGAGUGGAACAAACAUGGUGGACGGGAUCUUCUGACCAAGAAUGCUAACAAAGUUUCCUCUGCGUUUCUUAAAAAACGGCUAGGUGUUGUAAGACGGUGAACUGUAGGCUUAUAAUUACAACUGGGGACCAAUAGUUUUAGCUAGAAUAGAUGUUUAUUUAUUGAGUGGAAGAUAAUCUACACAACAAAGAAAUGUUUUCUUUUAAAGCUAUUUUUAUACAAGAGUAUUUAGUAGGAUGUUGAAAUGGAAACCUACACAGGGUUAUUUUCCCUUAUAUUUUGUAGUCAGUCUAAUUUUUGUGUGUUGAAAUUUUUCUUACAAAUUUUUGUCUCGUAAUGUUGUAUGCUUGUAUGUUGAGUAUUUGUAUGCAUUUAACAAUUGUUAAAAUGAAAUAUAUGUAACACCAUUAAAUUACUUACUUGUUGAAUAUUUCUCAUAAAAUUCUCUCGGUAUAUUUUGUAUGUAUAUUGUAAGAAAGAAUACAAAGUGCAGAAUUCUACAAAUACAACUGAAAAGUUUAUAUAUCUUCUGUCAUAUGAAGUAGAGAAAAGUAUGAAAUGUCUAUAAUAUGUAUACACAUGUACAUACAAGUUAUAUGUGUAACAAGAAAUGGUUUGUGCAAUUUAAAUAACAACACAUGAAAUGAUAAAGGCACAGUUGGCGCUGGAAAUUUGUUUUAUUUUUGUUUGUGAGAUGUAGAUGUUGAUGGUUUCUUAUUUGGAAUUCUUCUGUAGUAGGUUAUAGAGCUAUUAAACUCGGAGAAAAAAACACAUACACGAAAUUCAACAUGACAGACAACUGCAUGUCACAAAUGUACACUUGAGUAUCAAUUAAUGAUAUGUACAAAACUGUAUUAAACCAAACAGUAUGCAGAAAAACCAGAAAUCUGAAGCUACAGACAAGAGACACUAAAUUUAAAUACACCGAUGAAAUGAAAGAAAAAAUAUUAAUAUAAGAUACAUGUAACCUGACAACUAAUGUGUUGGUGAAUAACAGCUGGUCUGAAGUUUUGAUCUUGUUUAGUUCAUUGUUCAAUAUUGUUAGUAUUUUUUAAAUUUACCCAGGCUAGAUGAAUCGGAACAUAUUUAGUUUUAUUUUAUGGAACUGUCUUUGAUUGAUAAAUAUACAUAUAUUCAGCCAUCUGAUACCUUUCAACGUUUGUUAAAAAAUGUCAUUUGCAAAUCUGAAAUUUAAAACGUUUUUGUGGCAUUUAUUUGAAUUUUGAUUUUGACAAAGGAAAGAUUUUGCAAAUGUGAUAAAUACAAGAUGGAAAAGAUCUUACAGUGCACUCUUUUUAAUCUAAUAUCACUGAUGCUUAAGAAAUAUGUCUAAUAAACAUUAAUUCAGAUGAAAAAAAGUUUAAUCAAUCUUACUUAUGGGCAAAAAAGUAUUUACUUUCGACAGAUAUUGUUGCAGAAUAUACAAUGUCUACAUUAAGACAAGUUUCACUGUAAAUUAAAAUCUUGGGAAAAAGUAUUUACCCAAUGUAUUACACAAUGUGAAAAGUUACAAGUGACAGUUGUUUUCGUAUGACCAGCCUGGCCUGGUUAUGAUGUUGUGAGUGGUAAUUAUACAAGCACAGCUCUGGUGCUUUUCAUUCAUCAAAGGUAACUGUGAUGGAUUUGUCUGAAUUUAUAUGUUGUCUAUUUUCAUGUCAAAGAAACUUGGGCCAAUAAAUGUGUGCAU